UGACUAAGCCGAGCUAUCCGAAGUCCGAGUGUCUGCGCGCCCGCAGACCUCCUGCAGGCUUGGCGGUUACGUCAGCCUUUGCCCGAUCAAACCAAUCCCCGACCGCCCCUUUCCGCGUCACGCUGUUGCUGCCUCGCGACAAGCCGGAACGUCAACACAUCCAGCGCCCACACUUGUCCUUCCCCGACGCCUCCUUUCCUGGCGCUCGCGGGGCACCCUCAAACCCAUCUACGGUUCUGGUCAUGCCGAUGUUCGGGCCCUGGACGUCUGACGCUAGGGGAAGCGAUAAGACGUUAGAUGCAGUUGAUAAGCUAUCACCAGACUGCGCCGACCGUGUCGGGCACGACCGUUCAGAGCUCCCGACGCCCGUCUCCCCCCAAAAGCGACGCCCGAGUUUUGUCGACACUGCACGCCCGCCGGCUAAGCGGUCCAGAACGGAGGAGAAUGGUGACCUGCCCUCUCCCGUCUCUGCAUUUGCAGACGGUGAGGAGGCGAGCGUGCUGCGCAGGCGAAGCAUGGCUCCUGACUUCGAGGCUGUAAGGGAGACCAUCCACCUCCAGUUAGGGCUUGAGAUUCUCUUGAAGCAUGACGAACUCCGGCUCGCCAACCAAGAGCUGGCCAAAUGCCAGGUUGCGCUGGAGCAGCUCAGACGAUGCCAUCUGAUCCCAUACCCCGUUCAGUGUCCAACGCCGAGCCAGAUGCUGGACAUCAGCAGCGGCAAGGGUCCUGCGUUGGGAUCGGCGGUCGACGAACCAGUGCCAAAAUGGGCGCCUCCUUUCGGGGUUGUGGAGGGGCCGUACGCGCGCCAUUAUGCUAAGUGGCUGAUCCCUGAUCCUGUGUUUGACGGCGUUCAACCCGAAACCCAUGGCUUGGCAGAUGCGGGCCGAGUGAGGAGCACCGCGGAAGGUAGGAUGACGAGGAGCAGCGUCUCUGACGUGGGUUCCUUUGGUAAACAUCGCCCUGUCCGCGGAAUGGCAGGCCAAAGGUUACAGGCGCUAUCUAGUGGAUACCCUCAGCCGAAAGAUAAACAAUCGGGCUGCGUUCUCAAGCGAUCCGACGGUGUCACCGUCAAACUUAUUUGCAUCGAUUGUCACAGAUGGGAUUUUUCGAGCACGCAGGGGUUUAUCAACCAUUGCCGUAUCGCCCAUAAGAGGGACUUCAAGAGCCAUGAGGAAGCUGCCGUUCGCUGUGGGCGCCCUAUCGAAGUCGACGAAAGCGGCGCCAUCAUCGGCGGUGACAAGAAGCUCUCCGCCGGUGCUCCGUCCAGCUUGGUUCAUCCUUUGGCUCGGGCCGAGUCGAUGUCGGACAAUCAAGCGUGUAAAGCACUUUUGUCCCGCAUCCAAGCUUCCAUUGAGCUCUACAAGCAGGGUAAGCUGCCUGGGGUGAGCAGCAUACCUGGUACCUUGCCUUCAGCUCAGCGACCAGCCUCAAAAGCCUCGGAUAGUUUUGUGCCUUCCGCGGACGCUCCUUACCUGUCCAGGCUGAUGGAGAAAAAGAAGCUGAGCGGGAAUCUCAAGGAGCAAGUGGACGAUGCCAAAGUCAAGCUGGAUUUGGACGGUAUCUUUGCUGAGGACUCCGAUGUUGACGAGCCGAGUACAACGGACGACACGAGCAGGGCGGAAAUGUUGGCUUCGGCUUCGCGCACUCCAGCCGCGAUGAGAAUGCCUUCUCGGGUUGCCGUGUCGCCUUCGCAGCCGCCAGCAGCGCAUCGCGCAGCUAGCACUAAGAGUCGCCGCGCGACCUUCGCCGACCUUGAGAUGGACUCGACUGAGGUACCCGAGACGCCCAUGUAUGACGUCGACAUGGAUGUGGAUCUCAGUCCCAAUACUAUUGCUAGCAACAACGCGCCGUCGCUCGUCAGUGAUGACGGCGAGUAUGACGACUCAGAUGAUGGUUCAGCUUCAGAUGCUAGUGAUGCCGUGGAAAGCGAGUCCGUUUCUGAUGUUGCUGAGAUCAACAUCGAUGACGACGGCGAUGCCCGAGAAGACACGCCACGGCCUGUUCAUCAACGCGGUGGAUCAGCGAGCAAAACGGUCAAACUCAAGAAGGAUGAAAGCAGGCAUGUCACGUUUGUGAUCCCGUCUCCUGUGCCAACCAAUACCAAGGGUGGGCGGAGGAAGAAGAUCUAAGGUCCGCCUGCUUCCUGGCCUCGAGCUGCUCGCCGAAGGGCCAAUGACCUGGCCAACCGAAUGCCGCUUUUGAAGCUGCGGCCCAAGCGUAUUACAGCUUUUGAUGAACGAUGCAUUACAACGACAUAUACACACUUUUAAUUUGAUCUUGAGUUCUCAUGACCGCACAAUGCGAAAUCUGAUGACUUGCUCGACUCCGACUUCCGACUUCGGCCAAAUUCGAACCCGUUUACUCCCGGACUCAAGCAAUCGCGUACCCUUCCU